AUGUCACCUGUGAGUGAACCAGCUGUUGUUGGUGAAGGAUCGGAGAGUGAGUACUUACCUGACGAGACUUUACCUGUAACACCUAACCACUUACCUGAAGCUGAGGAAUCUGUAGCAUCUGUGAGCAACUUACCUGAACACCUACCUGAGUCCGAGGAGGAAGAAGAAUCUGUCGAACUACCUGUGGAAGGAAAUUUGUCUGACUACGCACUUCAUCCAGUCAGUCCCGAAUUCGUUGAAAUUCCACUCACUGAAGACGACGAGUCUGUCGAUCCUGAGACUCUCAAACCAGCAGAGCAUCCUCUCCAGAAGCUCCACAAAGAGUCGAAGAUUCUGAUAAAAGAGCCCUCCCCCAUUGGGGUUGACAGGGCAUGGAGGUAA